CCCGCCGGGGCGGGGCUGUGCCCGGUCCCGCCCCGUGACGCCCCGCCGGAAGCGGGCGCGGCGGGGUCGCCGGUGCCGGUGGCGGCAGUGCCGCCAUGGAGUUCCCGGACCUGGGCGCGCACUGCUCCUGGCCCGCCUGCCAGCGCCUGGACUUCCUUCCCCUGAAGUGCGAUGCCUGCGAGCAGAUCUUCUGCACCGACCACAUCGCUUAUGCCCAGCACGAUUGCACCUCUGCCUACAAGAAGAGCGUAUGUCUGUGCCUCUGCACCUGCUGUGCAAGCUGGUUGGAGGGUCAUGAGCAGGAUCUCAAACUGCAGCUGAAACUGUGGAAGCCAUGCUCCCUGCCGUUGUCUCUGCAGGAUGUGCAGGUCCCAGUGUGUCCCCUCUGCAACACCCCAGUCCCUGUGAGGCGGGGGGAGAUGCCUGAUGUUGUGGUGGGUGAGCACAUUGACCGUGACUGCAAGUCUGACCCUGCACAACGCAAGCGCAAGAUUUUCACCAACAAGUGUUUGAAGCCUGGCUGCAAACAGAAGGAGAUGAUGAAGGUGAUCUGUGACCAGUGCCACAAGAACUACUGCCUCAAGCACCGGCACCCCCUGGACCAUGACUGCAGUGGGGCAGGACAUUCCCUUUCCAAAGCAGAGCAUGCUGCAGUUACCAGAGCCCAGGCAUCCUCCUCCAAAAUAGUCACUGCAUCAAGCAGCGGAGCUGCCAGGCCAGCAGACAGCUCCUCUUCUCUGGCCUGUGCCAGGGGAGGCAGAGCAGCUGCGUCGCAGACUCACAGCACCUCCCCUCCAGCUGUCAUGCUGCAGAAUGGGCUGAGUGAGGAAGAGGCACUGCAGCGAGCUCUGGAGAUGUCCCUGGCAGAGUCGGCACACAGCUCAGCACAGCAACCCAGCAGCACACAGGAAGAGGAGGAUCUGGCACUGGCCCAGGCACUGUCAGCGAGCGAAGCUGAGUACCAGCAGUCACAGCGGCAGGCGCGUGGUUCAAAGCCAUCCAACUGCAGCAUGUCGUAGGCCGGGGAGGUGGGCUGUGCCAGUGGACAUAGGAUCCUGCUUGUGACCCGAGGAACAGCUCUGGCCUCCCACAUGGAUGCUGGGGAGUUCUGGCCUGGACACUGGUACCAAGAGCCCCUUGCCAAGGACAGCUCAUCACCCUGGGAGCUGUAAGCAACCAAAUAUACACUGACACUUCAGCCCUAGUACCUAAAUAAAAUUAGUGCAGCAAA